GUGGGUAUGACGACAUUCGAUUUGGUCUUCUUAUGCGCGAACUAACCUCAAGUGGAGAAAGAAGUCGGCGCGAAAGGGACGGUGUGAGAGACAGAGAAGGUGUACCACUCAUCUCAGAGAUCUUCUGAUACAAUGGCCUCUAGUGAUAUUAAAGUGAAGGAGCUGGACAAGCGGGCCUCAGGCCAGGCCUUUGAGGUUAUUCUGGGCACUCCUGCCCCAGAUGCGAAAGGAGACUUCCCCCUCUCUCCUCAAAAGAAAAAGGAUUGGUCACUGGAGGAAAUCCAGAAGAAACUGGAAGCAGCUGAGGAAAGGCGCAAGUCCCAUGAAGCUGAAGUUCUGAAGCACUUGGCUGAGAAGCGUGAGCAUGAAAAGGAGGUACAGCAGAAAGCUCUGGAGGAGAACAACAAUUUCAGCAAGAUGGCGGAGGAGAAACUUAAUCAGAAAAUGGAAGCCACUAAAGAGAACCGUACAGCAAUAAUGGCAGCCAUGAACGAGAAGUUCAAAGAGAAGGAUAAGAAGCUGGAAGAGGUCCGGAAAAACAAGGAGAACAAAGAGGCAGUGAUUUGACCUGCUCAACCAGGGGGAUUUAAAGAAAUUUUUAAAAAAAAAAAAAAAAAACAUAUCCAAAGAUUUUUCACUCCUUUACUGUAUUUGUUCACAGCUUUUUUUUUGUGUGUGUGUAAAAAUAGGAACAGUGAAUCAUUCCACCUGUACUCGCCGGUGUUUAGCUUUUAGAGUGCAUUGCUGUGGGUUUUUUUUUUUACAUGUGACUUUCAGUCGUUGGCUCUGAGCUUUGUUAGCUGUUCUCUAAUGCGCUUUUUGAUAUUGGCAGUAGUCUUAGCGUUUUGAAGGAAGCAUGUUGCUGUUACACAUUAAGAUCCUCAAAGUUUCUGUUAAUGCAGCCUGAAAUCUCUGUGCUUGUAUGUUCGAUCUGUUUUUGCACUUAUUGGAAGGGGAAAACUUUUUUUUUGAGUGUUUUUUAAGGGGCAUCUAUGGGUUCUCAGUUACUGCUGUUUGGCACGGUUUGCUUUAUUCGAGAAACUGUUAGUAUUGCUGUGUAAAUGCAACCCCACCCUAAACUUUUUUUUUUUUUAAAAAUAUAUAAAUACUUCAUCUGUCUUGCAGCCAGUUUUGCUUUCCUUCUGCAAUGAUGACCAAGGGUUAGUUUUGAUGCACAGGACUGUUGUAUUUUCACUAGGGUAGCCAUUUUGGCUUGGAGGGAUAAGACUCUUCUGUAUGUGUAGAAUGCAAAAGAGCAAUACCUUUUGGCAAUGUUGACUCUAGUGGAAAAAAUAAAAAAAAAUAUUCCAAGACCAAA